CUUUUCUUCACCUGUUACUGCUCCUCUGCCAAUCUAUUUUUUACCAAUCCAAACUCUGGAUCAGGUUUGCACUUCUUCUCACGCUCCUCCUCGUCCCCUGCUCCGUGGUUUGGGGUAGGUCCCAGUCCAAAACAGGGACAGAGAGAGCCAGGACUAAACUACUGGAAAUGAGGAUCUUUUUAUUUUUUUAUAUUUUCAAUAAGGACUUUGCAUACAAGAGGAGAAAAUUUGGAAGGUUUUUCAAUGUUUAAUGCUAUUUGGAAUACUUAUGAUACAUUUUUGUUUCAAACUAGAAGACCAAACAAAACUGUUGCUGCUGUGUAGGUUGGUGUGUUCAAUCCACCUGGAAUCUGGACGGUGCAACUGACAGACGCCAUCGGUAUGACUCUCAUGUAGACAAACUGCUCCAGUGAUGGCUUGGAGUCGUGAGGUCACCUGGCCAGCUUUGGGCUAGAGGCCAAGGGAGACAACACCAUCCACAAACACACACUCUGUCAACCCAGUCACCAUAAACUCUCCACUCCUCUUCUGUGUCCAAGCAUCAGAAUAGCUGUGCGAGGAAAUGGCAAGCCACAGGGACCCUCGCUUUCUCCACAACCUUUCCUACCACCCACGAUGGCAACCGGAGUCAGGACAAGUGGAGAGAAAAAGGCAUAUGCGGACAGCUGCGGCAGACUCACUGAACAAUUGUGAGCAUUGCCCAUUUAGAUCAUCAUCAUCAUCAUCUUUAUCAUCAUCAAAACUACCCUCACAGUCGCCCCCUGUGCUGCGCUCCAAAAGCUGGUGGGGGAAUUGGUUGAUCCUCCCUCUUUUCAUGAUCUCUUACCUGCCCUGUGAAGCCUGGGGUUCCACAUUCAAGGUGGCGCUCGUUGGACCCUGGACAUGUGACCUUUUAUACUCCAAAGCCCUCCCUGACUUGGCAGCCCGCCUCGCUACAAGUCGCAUCAACAAGAAUCCCUACCUCAAGAAAGGCUACUGGUAUGACUACACACUGAUAAAUGAGGAUUGUAAGUCCUCCCGUGCCCUCGCUCGCUUUACAGAGCUGGAAGGUUAUGGAUCUGCUUUCCUGGGCCCGGCCAACCCGGCUUACUGCUCCUCAGCAGCUUUAUUCACUAAAGAGUGGGAUCUUGGCAUUCUGUCCUGGGGUUGCUUAAAUCCCCGUAUGGAAGAGGGAGGGAUGUAUCCCACCUUCUUGCGGCCCCUGCCACUGUCUUCCCGUGUACUUUUCUCGGUGUUGCGUUACUUCCGCUGGGCCCAUGUAGCUAUAAUCUCUGAGGAGCUGGACCUGUGGGAAGCCACCGGGUUGGAGCUGGCCUCCUCACUGAGGGCCCUCGGCCUGCCUGUCAGCACUGUGGUCACCAUGGAGGACGCCAAGGACGGGCCCCGGAGAGCCCUGACCAAAGUGCGGGAAACAGAUCGGGUCAGAGUGAUCAUCAUGUGCAUGCCUUCUGUUCUGAUUGGUGGUCAGGCCCAGCACAAACUUCUGACCACAGCCUUGGACAUGCGGAUGAUAGACCGCGGCUACGUAUUCAUUCCCUAUGACACCCUCCUCUACUCAUUGCCCUACAAGGAUGCAUCUUACUACAAGCUAGGCAAUGACACAAAACUCCGGAAAGCCUAUGACGGGGUCCUCACCAUCACUAUGGACUCUGGAGAACGCAAUUUCUAUGAGGCCUUCAGAGAUGCUCAAAACAGCUACGAAAUCCGCAACAGCAUCUCACCCGAGCAGGUGUCCCCAUUCUUUGGCACAAUCUACAACAUGAUCUACUACACAGCCAUGGCUGUUGAGCAGGCCCGCAUGAAAAGUGGACGCUGGGUGACUGGGGAAAUCCUGGGCAAUAGUGACGGUGGCUUUGAAUUCGAAGGCUUCAAUCAGCCCUUGAGUGCUGGCAGAAACGGGGAAGGCAUGCAGGCGCGUUAUGUGGUGCUGGACUACAGCGGCAUAGGCUCCACUCUCUACUCAACUCAUGCUCUUGAGGCUCCCCAUACAUAUGGCAUGAUUGGGGGCUUGAAAUACCUUGGUCGUUCGAUCCACUUUGCAGGCAGCACGCCCUACACUGACUCAGGCUGCUGGUUUAGCCCAUACUUUGCCUGUACAGGGGGACUGGAUUCAGCCACCCUCUUCUUUCUUUUCCUUCUGUUCAUUGUGUUGGCUGCAUGUGGAGCUGCCUUCUUCCUCCGCCUCAAGAAAAGCGGUAAGAUUGGGUUCAGCUUUGGAGGUGGCGGUGGCAGCAAUGGGUCAACAAAGGUUGUCCUGACGUUGGACGACCUUGUCUUCAUCAACACUCAAAUCAGCAAACGGAAGCUGAAUGAGGAAAGCGUGAUGAAAAGCCAGAUGGAUAUGAAGACACCUCGCCACUCCGCGUCCGGCCGCAGCUACUUGGCCACCACACCAGACAGCUCAAAUGUUGCUGUUUUUGAGGGUGAUUGGGUUUGGUUGAAGAAAUGCCCCAAUGGAGCAGUGUCAGGCAUCAAUGGCAGCGCUGAGACCGUCUUUGUCAAACUCAGAGACAUGCGGCACGAGAACCUCAAUCUGCUCCUGGGCCUGUUCUUUGAUUCUGGGAUCUUUGGUGUUGUGACUGAGCACUGCACCAGGGGCAGCUUGGAGGACCUGCUCAACAACGAGGACGUGCGUCUUGACUGGAUGUUUAAGUCCUCUUUGUUAAUGGAUCUGAUUCGGGGAAUGAAAUACCUGCACCACCGUGAUAUCAUCCAUGGACGGCUCAAAUCCCGUAACUGUGUGGUAGAUGGCCGCUUUGUGCUGAAGGUCACUGAUUAUGGAUUCAAUGAAAUCUUGAUUUCCCAAAACAUUGAUGUAGAUGAGGAAAAGCCUGAGGAUCUGCUGUGGACGGCUCCUGAACUGCUGCGAAAUGCUAGUCUGAGAAGGAGGGGCACUUUCCGCGGCGAUGUCUACAGCUUCUCCAUCAUCAUGCAGGAAAUCAUUUCCCGCUGUGCUCCUUUCUGCAUGCUGGACAUGCCUCCCAAGGAGAUAAUCAGCAAGGUCAAAACACCUCCUCCUUUGUGUCGGCCUGUUGUGUCGGUGGAUGAGGCCCCGCUGGAUGUGAUUCAGGUUAUGAAACAGUGCUGGAGUGAGGAGCCUGACAAGAGACCCACAUUUGAGGAAAUCUUCAAACAGUUCAAAAGUAUAACCAAGGGAAAGAAGACCAACAUCAUUGAUUCUAUGCUGCGCAUGUUAGAGCAGUACUCCUCUAACCUGGAGGAUCUGAUUAGAGAGAGGACAGAGGAGCUGGAGGUGGAGAGACAGAAGACGGAUAAUCUGGUGGCUCAGAUGUUGCCCAAGUCUGUGGCACAAGCGCUGAAGACAGGCAAGCCCGUCAAGCCGGAGCACUUUAAAGAGGCCACUCUGUACUUCAGUGACAUCGUGGGCUUCACCACCAUCUCAGCUCUCAGUGAACCCAUCGAGGUGGUAGACUUACUCAAUGAUCUCUACACACUCUUUGAUGCCAUCAUCGGGCUACAUGAUGUGUACAAGGUGGAAACUAUUGGCGAUGCCUACAUGGUGGCCUCAGGAGUCCCCAGCCGCAACGGCAACCGCCACGCAGCCGAGAUGGCCAACAUGUCUCUCGACAUCCUCCACUGUAUUGGGACCUUCAAGAUGAGGCACAUGCCUGAAUUAAAAGUCAGGAUAAGGAUUGGCCUGCAUUCUGGCCCGGUUGUAGCUGGUGUAGUGGGUCUUACAAUGCCUCGUUACUGUCUGUUCGGAGACACUGUCAACACAGCAUCUCGAAUGGAGUCCACAGGGUUGCCUUACAGAAUCCAUGUCAACCAAAGCACAGUUGAUGUCCUGAACAGCUUGAAUCUGGGCUACAAACUUGACGUUAGAGGCGUAACAGAGCUAAAGGGAAAAGGGAGUGAAACCACAUAUUGGUUGGUGGGAAGGAAGGACUACAACAAGCCUCUGCCCAUACCACCAGACCUCACGCCAGGAUCGAGCAAUCAUGGCAUUGGUUUGGAUGAGAUACCUGUAGACAGAAGACAAAAGUUCCUGGACCGGCAGAAGAGGAUGGGCUAGCCUUGAUGCUUUCGGUUGAUGUUCCACAAUUGAAAAUUAAUUGUUUGUUUUUCAGUGAAUGAAUGAAGUGAAUGAAUGGAUAGAUAGAUGUGUGAAUGAAAAGGGAAUGAUGAUCAGCUUGUGCAACAUCUAUAACGUAAGAAUCAACACCACAAUUUUUACAUGUCCAGUUUCCCAUACCUAUCGCAUUUAAUCAUUCACUCUCCGGGUUUGCCAGAACCUUCUCUGUGCUAAAAUAAUCUUUGUUGGUGAGUGUCAUGGUGUCACUGUUCCUCUAAAGCCUAGCCCCAAAUUGCAAAAACAUGCCCAAAUUAAAAAGCAGCUGUUUUUCAUGUAUUAUAUUUGUUGAACGGUUCAACACUGACUGUCUGAAAAUAGAAUACCCAAAGAAUAUAUGAACACAAGGAUCCAUGGCGGAUUUAUGAAACGUAAAAUGUGUUGAUUUAGAGAUUAUAGACAGCACUUUGCAAGAAUGGCUGCUGAUGGAUUUGUCGACAGAGAAAACUUUACAAGAUCACACUAUCAUGUGUAAUAUACUCUAUGUACUGUAUGUGAACUGUUCUUUAUACUUUGUAGAAAUGAUGGAGAGAUUUUAUCACGAUCACCCCAAGGGUGGAAGCUAUUAUUCCUCAAACUGCUCAUCUCAGGUACAAAGGAGGAGGAGGCAUCUCUUUUGCACUCACUUUCAAAUCAUUAGGAUUUUACAAUAACGCUGUUUAGAUAUAAUGUGAUUGAGCAGUUCAGGUCAUUCAGGGUUGGAAGUUCAAGUUGAGGAUACCUGAGAUUUUUGUUUUUGUAAAGGCAGUAUGUUGCAACUACGAUGAUUCACAGAUGUUUAAUGGCUGGCAAAGAACUAAGAAUCAACCCAAUAUCAGCAAACUAUGUCAAACAAAGCAUCUAUUUUAGUACUAAGUAUUAGGUUAAACUAUUAUUAGGUUAAAAAUUAAAGAUGUCAUUUUGACUGUGGGUCUCAUAUUGAAUGGAUCGGAUUUAGCUCAGAUCACUAAUUAUGACUUGACUGGUCUUUGCUUCUGAUUUAUCACUGUCCUUAAACCUCCAGCGCAACUAAAAAAA